GGUUCACUGGGGCCUUUGGGGAUUCCAGGGUCUCCAGGACCUGCAGGCGAGGGUCCCCCAGGACCAAAGGGUGACAGGGGCUCUAAAGGCCUCAAAGGCAGCUUUGGACUUCCUGGACAUGGAUCCAGAGGAGAUAAGGGAGACACAGGAGGUCCUGGGCUGCCUGGCUUGGUUGGUGUAUCUGGUGCAGGUUCUCAAGGAGAAAAGGGAGACCAAGGACCUGUUGGCCCGUCUGGUCCAAGAGGACCUGCAGGACAGGACAUGGUUGGACCAAAGGGUGAUCAGGGUUUUCCUGGAGAGCCUGGACCUCAAGGAGAGAGGGGCACAGGUGAACAAGGACRAAAGGGUGAACCAGGACCUGAUGGGGCCGCUGGGAUCCCCGGGAUCCCUGGAGAAGAUGGAGUUCUGGGGCCAAAGGGAGAAGUGGGUUUACCAGGACCACAAGGACUGGAUGGAGCACCAGGAAACGGCACGUCUGGAGAAAAGGGAGAUCCUGGACCUGUGGGACCACRUGGACCUGUUGGGGAGCCCGGAGUGAGAAUUAUUGGGUCAAAGGGAAACAAAGGAAGUGUUGGUCCUACCGGACCACCAGGAGCAAAGGGGGACAACUUACCAGGACCACAGGGUUUACCUGGCUCACCAGGAGUACAAGGAGAAACGGGGCUUGAAGGGGUAGGACCAACAGGAGUGAAGGGAGACAGAGGCUUACCAGGUGUCCCAGGACCAGCAGGUCRUCCUGGUUUUGGACUUUAUGGACCAAAGGGUUCUACAGGUCAGCCUGGACCACCUGGCCUUUCAGGGCCCCCAGGAUGGGUCCUUAUGGGAUCAAAGGGAGAUCCUGGGUUUCAGGGCCCCAUGGGCCCCAGAGGGGUACAAGGCGAAGGUCUUCCAGGGGAGAAGGGCGAUGGAGGCUCUCCUGGAGACAAGGGAAGGAAAGGAGACAAAGGAGACUAUGGUGCACCUGGUUCCCCAGGACCUGUGGGCAGAAUUGGAGAAAAAGGGGAACCAGGUCUGACGAGAGAAGAGGUCCUUGGAAUAAUAAGAGAAAUCUGUGGAUUUAAUGUGAAGUGCAGCAAGAKCCCCCUAGACCUGGUGUUUAUGAUUGACAGCUCAGAGAGAGUAGGUUCAGAGAACUUUGAGGCGGUGAAGGAUUUUGUCGACGGGCUCGUUGACCAGGUGACCGUGAGCCCAGAAGCCACUCGGGUUGCUGUGGUCCUCUACAGCCAUGUGAGCGUGGUGGUCCUGAGCCUGCAGCAGCAGCCUGACCUGCACCGGAUCCAGAGUGCCAUCAGAACAAUGCCCUACGCAGGUGAGGGCACCUUCACAGGCAGCGCCAUCCAUCACGCCAGUCAGCUGUUCAGGGGGUCUCGGCCCGGUGCGAGGAAGGUGGCUCUGGUUCUAAUGGACGGGCGGACCGAUCGAAGCGAUGGAGUCAAGUUUGAAGAAACCAUCAUGGAGGCCAAAAGAGAAGGGGUUGAAGUGUUUGUUGUAGGUGUGCUGAACAACACUGAUCAUCUUUACAAGGAGUUUCUGGCUGUAAUUAAAACUCUUGCAUCUGAUGAAGACCACGCCCACCUGACGGAGGACUUCAGAAUGCUGCACACUCUGCAGAGUGACAUUUUGACGCAGAUUUGUGAUCAGAGUAUCACUGAGGCCWUCAUUCCAAACUCAACAAAGCCAUCAGUGGAAACCCCCUCUGCACAACACAACUCCUCUAACAAGCUUCCAGAUGAAGAGAACUCACAGGCAAGGAAUGCAGGCAGUCUUUGGACCCAGGACCCUGUCGACACUAUGUCAUCAAGUGGUACUACGACCCAGAGGCCAACGCCUGUGCUCAGUUCUGGUAUGGAGGCUGUCAAGGCAACACGAACAAAUUUGAGACUGAAGCCAGCUGCCGGAAUGCUUGUGUCUACCUGUAAUUACCUGUGUGGCGUGUUUGGUUUCCAACACUUUCAAGAAAAUGAUGUCAUCAGUUUUCUUAGACCGCUAAAGGCAAGACUUGCUCUUCAUCAUCUCUUCAGCUGUCAGUGUGCUGACAUGGAGRCACGUUUGUUACCUGCCGCACUCACACUGCUGAAUUACCUGCUGCUAAAAGCUGAGUCAUUUACCAGUUUUUCACUGAGUCACUUCUUUAUUUAGCUCAGAAACGUAACAAAGAAAAUAAAUAAGAUAAAGCAAAAACUAGUUCCUGUUCAACACAAACAUGGAACAACAUUCAUUAUUAUAUUAUUGAAUGUUGACAAAGAAGCAGCCGAACUAGCAAUCCUCAACAACUUUUUAAUUUUUACACCAGGAGCUAAAGGUCUGUUUCAGGAAAUCACAUCCCCAGCAAUCUGUGCUUGUAGGAUUGAGCUGUACAAGGAUUCAUGCACCGCUAGUUGUUAGUGUUGUACAUAUAUUGUACAUGAAUUGUCAGGUAGUAAGUGUCAAAUUGAAGUUACGCUUUAAAAUUAGCUUCCGCUAGUUUUUCUAUGGCAUAAGCGCUUUUGAAGUUGCUAUAAAUAACUAUCAAUUUCUUCAAGACGUUUACAGAUUUUUCUCAAUUUCCUAACAAGUCUCAGAGGUUCUCCUUCCCACUGCUGCUAGAGUUUAACACUUUAAAAAUAAAGAAAAAGACAUUUUGUCUGACAGUAGUCAGAGUAGUCGUGGACCCUCACCAACCCUCCUGAGUUUUGUCAUGGAUUUCUCCAAACUGGACUUGAUUAGCCCAAACAUGUGUGGCCUUGGUGGCCCACCAUAACUUAUCAAACAGGGCCUAUUUUGUUCACAAUUUACAUUUGUAGAAGAGCACUGACAGACUUACACUGAAUGAAAAAUGAACUAAAGUUCAAUGGAACAUAAUAGAAACUGAAAUAAAUCUAAAAAUAUUUGUCUGUGAUUCAAACACAAAUACUUUUAUCUAGGUAUAUUUUAUAAUAAAACACAGUGAAGUCAUAAUCACAACGAUCAACGUAGUUAAAUUGAACAAUAAAAAGAAAAACACUUAAUCACUUUUACUGUAAAAUAAUAGCUGAUUAAACAAACUGUGCAAAACAAAGAACAUUGAAGCAAUUUUCUUUUUGUAUGGUUUUUCUUUUUCUUAAUUAUAAUGUAAAAGAUUAAUUGUUACUCUUUUCAUUAUGUAACUUUGAUUUAUAAAAUGAUAAUAACUUCUAGUUAA